GAAGAGCAGAGGACAAGAAUAAUAAGACAAUUUAAUAGUUUCGCGAACAGGUAUGAUCAGGAUAAUUAUUUAAGUGGGCUUAUAACCGUAUCUAAUGUACAACGUCGUCGUCCACGAGUAGGUGAAGAAAAUGCGAAAUUAUACUUCGUAUCUCUCCCGAAGAUGAUUACAGUUUACAUGCAGCAGCACGCGAGAUGAUGCUGUCCCAAUCACACUUUUUAUAGCUAUUAUUUAGAUAUUUUUAAAGUCGACUACAAAAAUAAGGCGUAUUUUUAUUACUAAAUUUUCGCAACACUAUGCACGCCGCCACUACACUACCAAACCUGGAAUGUCAUUACGUGAUUUUGUGUUGUCAAAGUCACACUUGAAAAAUCGUUUUCUCUUCAUAAAAACGAUAAAAACAUUCUAAAAUGGGAAAAAGGAAGCGAUCCGACAAGGAUGAUAGUGAAAUGGUCGAAAAGUUAUACAAAAAGGUAAAGAAACUGGUGAAAAAUAGAAGGAGAAUUUCAUCAUCAACUUCCGAUGAUGAACCGAUGCCGCCAUUAUCUCCCGCGCAGUCGUCACAUGUUGAUAUAAUUAGCGAUCUAGAACCUCGAGAUGAAAUCCCAACUAUUGAGAUGCAACCAGAAAGUGACGGAUCAGUAGAGGAAAACCAAGAUCUGGACCCAGAUAUUUUGCAAUUGCUAGGCUCAGCUCCUACGCAAAAUAAAUCAUUUGGAGAUAAUUUACAUAAAGAUUUAGUAACAAGGUGGAAACACAUCCUAACUAAUGGCCUAUCCAAGGAUGAAAAAACUGAUAUUUUGAAACAAUACCUACCUGCUGAAAAUUGCACAAAUAUGAAGGCACCCGCAUUGAAUCCUGAAAUAAAAUCAGCACUCUCUGAUAAGAAUAUCAAAAGAGAUGCAUACAGCGAACAAAGACAAAAUCAAAUGUCUAGCUGUAUUUCAGCAAUUGGCAAAGCACUGAAUUUAGUCUUGUCACAAAAAGAGAAUGUCCCCCAAGAUGUCAUAAAAACAUUAAGCGAUGCUAGGCGCCUACUAUGUGAUACACAUUACAGAGAAUCUCUUUCUAGAAGGUUUGCUAUUGUAAAUUCUCUAAGCAAGCAAAAACGAGAAAUAAUUAAAAACACUAAAAUAGAUGAUCAUUUGUUCGGUUCCAACUUGUCGGAACAUCUAAAAUCAUCCAAGGCUAUAUCAGCGUCUGCCUCAGAGCUAAGAUUCAGUACAAACACGGCCAAGUUUAACCAGUCUCACCGUGGGCAACCCAACACAUCUACAUCUCGUUAUCCUGCGGCUUUAAACACUCGGGGGGCGCCGCGGGCACCAGCCGCCGAACCGCGAGUGUACCCCAGCCAGAAUCGGCGUCAGCUACCACCACCGUCGGCGCCACGGGACCAUCGUCGUGUACCGACGACGACGACCACACGCCCGCGGAUCAACUACCCACAACAAUCUCGUCGACGUUAACAACCCCAUCACAGAGAGGCGCAUCCCCUCCACAAGGACCUAACAUUGAUGGCCGGGAAAUUAUCAAGCAAGCAUUGCUAAGUCAUGAAGUCCCGGAGGAGUCUCUUGAUAUUAUGAUA